GUGGACUACAUCGCGCCCUGGUGGGUCGUGUGGCUGCACAGGGUCCCCCACCUCAACCUGCGCCUGCAGCCCGUGGACAGCACUUUCAACCCCCGCAACGAGAGUUACCAGGAGUCCCUGCUGUUCCUGGGGCUGGUGGCCGCCGGGGGCCUGGCCCUGAACCUCCUCUUCCUCGCAGUUUACCUGACCUGCACCUGCUGCCGCCGCCGCCCAAACCAUGGCGUGCAGACCAAGCUUCACAACGCCUGCUGCGUCACCUGCACGGCCGUGGUGGCUGGGCUCAUCUGCUGCGCCGCGGUGGGCGUUGGCUUCUAUGGAAACAGUGAGACCAACGACGGGGUGUACCAGCUGAUAUACUCCUUGGACAGCGCCAACCACACCUUCUCCGGGAUCGACGCCCUGGUUGCCGGAACCACCCAGAAGAUGCAGCUGGAGCUGGAGCAGCACCUGGCGAGGCUGGGCGAGAUGCUGGCGGCGCGCGGAGACUACGUCCAGGCGCUGAGGUUCCUGCAGCAGAUGGCCGGCACCAUCAUGGCCCAGCUCGCGGGGCUGCCCGAGUGGAGCAAUGUCACCACCGUGCUGACCGAGGUGGCUGACCAGACCAGCUACGUGGAGUACUAUAGGUGGCUGUCCUACCUCCUGCUCUUCAUCCUGGACGUGGCCAUCUGCCUCAUCGCCUGCCUGGGGCUGGCCAAGCGCUCCAGGUGCCUGCUAGCCAUGUUACUGUGCUGUGCGCUGCUGACCCUGCUCCUCAGCUGGGCCUCCCUGGCCGCCGACACAGCUGCCGCCGUGGGCACCAGCGACUUCUGCGUGGCUCCUGACAGUUUCAUCCUGAACCUCACGCAGGGCCACAUCAGCACAGAGGUGACCCGCUACUACCUGUACUGCAGCCAAGGCCCAAGCAGCCCCUUCCAGCAGGUGCUGACCGUCUUCCAGCGCUCGCUGACCGCCAUGCAGACCCAGACCAGCCAUCUGCUGCAGCUUGCUGUGCCCCAUUUCCCCACAGCACAGAAAGACCUACUGGAGAUCCAGCUCCUGCUGAACUCGUCUGAGGCCAGCCUGCACCAGCUGACGGCCCUGCUGGACUGCCGAGGGCUGUACAAGGACUACCUGGAUGCCCUCACCGGCGUCUGCUAUGAUGGCAUCAAGGGCCUGAUCUACCUGGGCCUCUUCUCCCUCCUGGCCGCCCUGGCCUUCUCCUCCAUGAUCUGUGCCGGGCCGCGCACCUGGAAGCACUUUGCCACCAGGGACCGGAACUACAACGAUAUCGAUGAUGAAGACCCCUUCAACCCCCAGGCCCGACGCAUCGCCGCCCACCACCACCCCCGUGGGGCACCGCUGCAUAGCUUCUGCAGCUACAGCAGCGGCCUGGGCAGCCAGACCAGCCUGCACCCCCCAGCGCAGACCAUCUCCAACGCCCCCGUCUCUGAGUACAUGAACCAGGCGGCCCUCUUCGGUGGGACCCCACGCUACGAGAACGUGCCACUCAUCGGAAGAGGCUCCCCGCCGCCUACGUACUCCCCCAGCAUGAGGGCCACCUACCUGUCCGUGGCGGAUGAGCACCUGAGGCACUACAGGACGGAGUUUCCUGCCUAAGCACACCCCCUCCGGCCUCCUCACAGAAAUCCAAGCCAGGAUUGGAGGGCGGCUUCCGCUGCGAAGGGGAGCGCUGAGUGCAGCCUCGGAGGCCGGAGAUGCAGGACUCGGGCAGCCUGCCCGCUUCUGUCCACCGCCACCAGGCGCCAGGCCUCCCAGAGGUGCAGUCUCCAAACCACCUGGACCUCGCUCCAGCAGCCUGGCUGGGCGCCAAAGGAGCUCCAAGUGGACCCCAUGGACAGAACCCCGCCUCCUGUUAGCACAGGGGCCUGAGUGGGCGGCACUUUCCUGCUGACCACCUAGCCAGAGGUGCUGUCACUGGCAACGAGACUGGACGCCGCCCAAAUCAGAGUCCCCGGGCCAGCUGGACCCUUCUGGUCCCGGAGCGGGUGUUGGGGAGUUGCAGCAGGAGGCUGCUGGGUCCAGGGUUGUGGGGACCCAGCCGGUGCCUGGUGGCAUCUAUAAUGAGCCCUGGUUGGGGUGGGGGUGACAACCUGCGGGUCUCACCUGCCCUCUGCCACUUUAUCAGCUCCCCUCCAUCCCGGAAAUGAUGCUCUGGGGUCUCAGGUAUUAACAGACACUCUGAAAACAG